AUGCUAUCAGUGAUUACUUUGCUGGUUACCUGUGUAUUUGUCACUGCAAGACCGCCAACAGCAGAUGAGAUUCAACAAGAGCUUAGUGAACAACAAAUCUACGACACUAAGGACGAUUACGAUCUUCUGCCAGCUGUGGAUAGCAUUCCUGAAAGUCUCAAAGAAAGCCUGAUAAAACAGAAAUCACGAUAUUUAGAUAUGCUAAGACAACAAAAUUUGUGA